CAUGGCUCCCACCUUCCUCCCUCUCCUCCUCCUCAUCCUCCCCCACCUCCCUUCCCUACCAGCCAUGACUGACACCGAAGCACUGACCAUCUUCCGCCACCAAGCCGACGUUCAUGGCAUUCUCGCUGCGAACUGGAGCUCUCCCGACGCCUGCAAUGGUCAAUGGCACGGCGUUUCCUGCUCCGGUGAUCGAGUAACUUCGCUAUUACUUCCAUCACUUGACCUCCGCGGCUCUCUCGACUCCCUCUCCCAUGUCGACCAGCUCCGCCUUCUCGAUCUUCACAGCAAUCGGCUCAACGGAACUCUGCUCCCUCUCACUUCCUCUCUUCUAAAGCUCAAAUUUUUAUAUCUCUCCGGCAACGAUCUCUCUGGUGAGAUCCCGGUUUCCAUCGGCCGACUCUCUCGGCUGCUCCGAAUCGAUCUCUCAAACAACGAUUUACACGGUUUUAUUCCCGCGUUGGGCAAUCUUUCUCGCUUGCUCACGCUUCGUCUUCAGAACAAUUUGUUGGCUGGUCGGCUUCCAGAUCUGAAUGUAAUUCUUCCGAAGCUCGUUCAGCUUAAUGUCUCAAACAAUCAGCUUUCUGGAAGAGUGCCUGAUGGAGUGGUAGAGAAGUUUGGGCUCGCUGCGGUGGCUGGUAAUGCCGGACUCUGCGGGCUGCGGGGUCAUCUCCCUCUCUGCUCCUUUAUACCACACGAUUCUCAUCCUUCUGUUUCGUCCUCCCCUGUUUCUCAACCCAUGGUUACCUCAACCGCGAGCUCCAUUCCGCACUCCCAUGCCGGCGGGGAAAGGAGGGAACGAGACGGGUUGAGCACCGGUGCAAUUAUCAGCAUUGUGAUAGGGAAUGUCGCGUUAUUUUCACUUCUAUUUCUCCUGCUCUUCGCAUACUACUGCUGCGCAAAUCACCUUGGUGAAACAGAGGGAAAAGUAGACACUGAAGAAGGCGGAAUAGAAGACUAUAAGCACAGCAGCUGCAAUUCUAUCUCCAAUGAGGAGAAGAGGAAGAAGAAAGAAGCUGGUCGAAACAGUGAUGAUGGAAGCGGGACCGAGAUGGAGAGCAAGCUGGUCUUCUUCGACAAAACCAUAGGAACGGGAAGCAGAAGGGGGAAGAAGAAAGCGGGCAGAUUUGAACUGGAUGAGCUGCUACGAGCUUCAGCGGAGAUGGUGGGAAAGGGAAGUAUCGGCACCGUGUACAGAGCAGUACUCGAAGAUGGUGAAAUGGUGGCCGUGAAGCGACUCAAAGACGCCAAUCCCUGCUCUUUCAAUGAUUUUAAUAAGUAUAUGAAUCUCAUCGGCCGUCUCUCUCAUCCUAACCUCGUCCCUCUCCGAGCUUACUACUACGCCAAACAGGAGAAGCUUCUAAUCUACGACUAUCUCCCUAACGGAACUCUCUCCUCUCUUCUCCAUGGGAAACGAGACUCCGGGAGAGUGCCGUUGGAUUGGACGACAAGAGUGAGUCUGGUUCUGGGAGCGGCAAGGGGGCUCUGUUGCAUCCACGAAGAGUACAUUUCUUCAAAAAUCCCUCAUGGAAACAUCAAAUCAUCCAACAUAUUGCUCGACAAAAACGGUAGAGCCUGCAUCUCCGACUUUGGGCUCGCUCUGCUUCUCAAUCCGGCGAUCUCCGCCGCCAGAUUGGCUGGCUGCACGGCACCGGAACAAGCGGAAAGUUGCAAGCUUUCUCAAGAGGCUGACGUCUAUGCUUUCGGAGUCUUGCUUCUCGAGGUCCUCACCGGAAGGGCGAACGGCGGCGGAGGAGUGAGCUCGAACUUGCCGGAGUGGGUGCGGUCGGUGGUGAGGGAAGAGUGGACGGCGGAGGUUUUCGAUGUGGAGCUGAUGAGAUAUAAGAACAUUGAGGAGGAAAUGGUUGCAAUGCUUCACGUAGCGCUGGCCUGCGUUGCUCGUCGGCCGGAAAAAAGACCAGUAAUGGCGGAGGUGGUGAGGAUGAUAAAAGAAAUAAGGGUUGAACAGUCGCCGCUCGCCGGCGAUGAUGAGGAAGACGGUGAGCUGAGUGAGUCUCGCCGCACCUCUGCGUCACCUUCACUCCCGACCACCGCGACGGAAGAUGCUCGUUAUAGCUGCGCGCUUACAGAGUGAAUCUAAGGGAACUUAGAUUCGUUUAGCUCGAUUUAGAAUCUGUUUGUGUUAAUGUUCUAGAUGGUCACUU